CAAAGCUUUUCCGGCGCCUCCAGUAAACAAGCUUUCCCGAACAAGGAGGAGAGGAGAGGACAGAGGAGAAAAUCAGCGUCCCAAAUUCCCAACGAGACAAACAAGAACCAAUUAGAUCGCCCAGGGAUCGAUGGAGCCCGAUCCGUCCCAGUCGCCGACUGGGGGAUCUUCCUCGCUCAUCUUCCUGGGAACGGGCUGCUCCGGCGCGCUGCCCGACGCGCGGUGCCUCCUCAAGCCGUCAACGCCGCCCUGCGCCGUCUGCUCCAUGGGCAUCUCCCAACCGCCGGAGGGGAACCCCAACUACAGGCUCAACACCUCUCUCUUGAUAGACUAUUGCCAUGACGAUGGAACCCACAAGUACAUCCUAAUCGACAUCGGCAAGACAUUCAGAGAACAAGUUCUCCGGUGGUUUGUCCACCACAAAGUUCCUUAUGUUGACUCGAUCAUUCUGACUCAUGAGCAUGCAGAUGCUCUAUUAGGCCUUGACGAAGUCUGGGUGGUACAACCAAGAAAUGACCGAAACGAUGUCGAGCAAAUUCCUAUCUUCCUCACGCAAUUCACGAUGGACAGUAUCACGAGAAGAUUCCCCUACUUGGUGGAGCAGAAACCAGAGGAUGGCGAUGAAGAUGCCCAAGUCGCAAAAAUCGACUGGAAGAUAAUUGAGGAUGAUGUCGACAAACCCUUUGUAGCGUCAGGGCUACAGUGUGUGCCGUUGCCGGUAAUGCACGGAGAGGGGUAUAUUUGUUUAGGCUUCUUAUUUGGGAGGAGAGCUAGAGUUGCAUAUUUAUCUGAUGUCUCAAGAUUUCUACCUAAAACCAAGCAUGCUAUUUCAAAAUCUGGUGCUGGACAAGUUGAUCUACUUAUACUAGAAGCAAACUCUUUGCAUGGAGUCGGAGAUUCUUUCAGCACCCAUUUAACUCUGAGUGAGAGUCUUGAUGCUAUCAAGAGGAUCCAUCCUAAAAGAGCUCUGUUGAUUGGAAUGAGGCAUUUUUUGGGGCAUCAGAGAGAAAACCAGAUGUUGGCAGAAUGGUCUAUCAGAGAAGGAAUACCGACACAACUGGCUCAUGACGGCCUGCGAGUCUUCAUUGACUUGUAAUAAGGGUGUAUAUACAUCCUUAGACCAAAAGUUUCCCUCCGUGUAUGUGGUAACAAAUCCUCUGCGGCCGACGGCAGUGAGAACUUGCUCCCCUUGUGCCGGUCUCCGAAGUCCGUUGUUCCACCAGUAGGUGGCGACAAGCUACAGGAUCGGACUACUCCAAUGGUGGUGGCGACCGUUCUCUGGAAGGAGGAUUAGUGCAUCGAGGGGAGGCAUGCUGUCGCGGGUAGAGCAGGACGGAAGGGAUCGGCGGCAGGAUCGCAUGGCGGUGACAGGCCCUAUGCGGUCACGUGCUGGUGCUAUGGAGCUGUCUCGGCACCGUCGAGGCAGCAUUAAGGUCGGGGUGCUGUGGUGCGUGUGGACUUCACGCCCCCAGGGGUGGGCCCAGUUCAAUUCAUGGGUAUUCAGUUGAAUAGCUACAAUUUUUGCCAAAGAAAUUUACAUAUAUACCGUGUGUACCAUGUAUUAUAUCGGAAAGGCAAUAUGUACGCAGAA